GAUGGCGGAACGUAGACCUAGCAAAAUACUAAAAUAAACUACUGGAAAAUACAUCAACACUCACUUUUCUUAUUUUGAGUAUCAAUAUAUAGAUCUAGUAAUAUCUAGAUUUAUCUAGAAACUAUAUCUAUAACCCUUCGGUAAAGUUUCGUCUGUACGUAGGCUUCAGGAACAGUACAACAUCUCCUUCUUUAUCAAGUUUCCUGAGAGAUAUCUUCAAGCUAAAUAUACUACAACAGUAGAAAUGGAAUUUUCAGUUAAAGUUGAGCCAGAAGACACAUAUACAUCCUAUUCAGAGUCUACUAGUAAUCUAGCUACAGACAAUUUAUUGGAUCACAAAGUAUUUGAAGAUCUUGAAAUUUCCUCUAAAGGCACAGAUGUUUUAUCAUCUCGCACUCUUACAUGCACUUUGUGUAAUCAGAUAUUUGAUAAUGAGUAUGUUUUAUAUAGUCACCUACAUCAGCAUUUAGAGGAUAAUACCUACACCUCAUUUUCUAUCAACAGCAGGUUUAAUCAUAAUUCUAUGUUGCAUACAAAAGAGAAGCAAUUCUAUUGUGAACUUUGUGGUAGAACAUUUUCUUUUAAAAGCAGUUUACAGAGGCAUCGUGUUGUACACACAAAUGAUAAGCCAUUUACUUGUGAGUUAUGUAAUAAAUCUUUUUCUCGAAAAAGUGAUUUAAAACAACAUAAUUUUGUACACACCAGAGAGAAGCCAUUUUCUUGUAAGUUGUGUAGUAAAUCUUUUUCAUCAUGCAGCACUUUGAAACGACAUCAUCAAGUACACACAAAAGUAAAACCAUUUACUUGUAAAAUAUGUAGUAAAUCGUUUUUCCGAAACCGUGAUUUAAAUCUACAUCAUAGUGUGCAUUCAAAAGAGAAAGAAUUUUCUUGUAAGAUGUGCAGUAAGUUUUUUACAACACAAAGCAGUUUGAAACGACAUCAUCAAGUACACACAAAAGUAAAACCAUAUACUUGUAGAAUAUGUAGUCAAUCAUUUUCUCGAAGUAGAGAAUUAAUGCUACAUUUUCGUAUACACAAAAAAGAGAAGCCAUUUGCCUGUAAGUUGUGUAGUAAAUCUUUUACAACAUGCAGCAGUUUGAAUCGGCAUCAUUAUUUACAUUCCAGUGAGAAAUCAUUCUCUUGUAAAUUGUGUGGCAAAGUAUUUGCAGUUCGUGAGUACUUAAGAGUGCAUAACCUCUUGGUGCACAUUAAAGAAAAGAAAUAUACUUGUAAAUUGUGUGGCAAAUCAUUUGUUCUGAGCAGCACUUUGAAACGACAUUACCAGGUUCACGCACGAGAAAAACCAUGUUCUUGUAAGGUGUGUGGCAAAUCAUAUUCAACAGGCUAUAUAAAAAAGCAUUACCUUUUGGUGCAUGUAAAGAAAAAACAGUUUGUUUGCAAAGUGUGUAAUAAAUCAUUUUCUUUUAAUAGCAUCUUAAAUCAGCACUAUCAAGUACAUUCAAAAAAAUGCUCUUGUAAGGUGUGUGGCAAAUCAUAUUCAGCAGGCUAUUUAAAAAGGCAUAACCUUUUAGUGCAUGUAAAGAAGAAACAAUGUGUUUGCAAAGUGUGUAAUAAAUCAUUUUCUUUUAAUAGCAUCUUAAACCGGCACUAUCAAGUACAUUCCAAAAAAUCCAUUUACAUUGAUAUUGUGUAGAAAAUAAUUUUCUAAAAAUCAAUCUUUAAAAAUGCAUUUUCAUGUGAAUACUUAGUUAGAAUCCUUUAUUGUAAAAAGUUUAACUAGUUUACCUUUAUUUUACAUUGAAAUGUCUGUAGUAAAUGAUUAAUACAUACACACUAGUUGCAAUACUGCAGAGCAUGUCAGAAGAAAGAAUUCUUUUAAAUUUUAUUUUAUUAGAUUUUUCAGCUGUCUCAAGUUCCUAUGGAUACAAUUCUAUGGAAACAACAUGGAAUUACAAAACAUUUAUGUCAUAUAAAUUGAGCACUCUUCAUGCAAUAGUACCUUUGAUCCAUCUUAAUAGCUUAUUUUUGUUGAUUCUCAUACAGACUGACAAACUUACUUAAUAGUUGUAUUUGCAGCAUCACACCACAUAAACUCUCACUGUGCCCACCUGUAAUCCCACCCAUUCUUCACACAGAAACUCCCAA